AUGGCUGGCACUCGGAGCGGGUCAAAAAAGCGGAAGCGGAAGGAGGGUUCGGCUGCGCGGACGGUCGGAUCCGUCUUCUCCAAGGUCGGGGUCGGGAGGUUUGCUGCACUGCACGCGCUACGACGGAGAAACGUCGCCAAAGAGCGGGGGCGCAAGCGCGACCGUGCUACUGCGGGGUCCGUUGACGCGGGCGCGACGGCGCAGGUUUACAAGCCAUGUGUUGAAGGUGCGUAUAACUAUUAG